UUGGCUGGCGGUCUUCAUUUCAAGCAAGGCUUAGAUUGGUGAACUGGAAUAGGGAGGAAAGCACUAAACUAAUUGUUGGUUGGAGGUCUCCAUUUCAAGCAAAGCUUAAAUUGGUAAGAAGGGAAAGAUCCAUUACUUAAUGAACAGUUGGGGAUUCAUCGUUACCUUGUGGCUCUCAUGUAUCUGCCUCCAUUGAUAGUGCGUGGCUUGGUUGGUGUAUAUCGCCGAUGAGCCAUGCCCAUGCGGCUGCGCUGACUUAAAAUUGGGAUCCAUACCCAUACAGUGUCGUGCAUGUACGUCAUGCGCAUCCCUACAAACUUGAUUGAAACAUGCAAACUUCCGUUUGAUUGAAACAUGCCUGAUUGAUUAGAACGCUGUGUUUUGCUCAACUUGAUUGAUUAGAAUAUCCGAGGUGAGACUGGUUUCUCUCUUUUCUGGUCUAACAGCCGAGACUGGUUGAACUCAUAAUGGGAGCACGAGUUCAGACUAACUGUUUGAAUUCCUUGCUAUCGUGAGGUGGUGGUCAGUGGGAGAAAAUGUUAAGAGAAGAAAGCUGCUUACUCGACACUUGUGCACGCUUAUCAUAACCGCUAUGGUUUUAAUCGGUCAAAAUCACAAAAAGGAAGGCGCGGUUCCAGUUCGAUGUUCCAAGUAUGGGCCCUCAGCAUUCUGUAAUAUAAAUGAAAAACUCCUCGAGGAGCAGCCAUAUAAGUAGAGUCACCUGUUCAGUUCAGUUUAGUUCAACAAGAUGACCACGAUUCGGCGCCUCCUAUUCCUCAUCAUCUGCUCCGUCGUCCUCUCGGUGGCUGCCGGAGAGACCCCUAACUGUGUGUACACCAUCUAUGUAAAGACGAGUUCGAUGAUCAAGGCCGGGACUGACUCCAAGAUCAGCCUAAUACUCGGCGAUUUGUUGGGGCGGUCAGUUUGGGUCCCGGAUCUCGAGUCGUGGGGCUUGAUGGAACCAUCCCACAACUACUACGAGCGCGGCAACCUCGACAUCUUCAGCGGUCUUGGGCCCUGCAUCGGCCCGCCACUGUGCUGGCUCAACGUCACCUCCGAUGGGUCCGGGGUCCACCACGGCUGGUACUGUGACUAUGUGGAGGUCACGUCCGCCGGGCCUCAUAAGCCCUGCAGUCAAACCAUCUUCCGUGUUGACCAGUGGCUGGCCACCGAUGUCCCGCCCUUCAAGUUGACUGCGGUGGUCAACGGGUGCGGGAAGGAUGAUGCACGUUCGGCGCGGCGGAGCAAGGGCGGGGCUCUUGUCAAGAGGAAUCCAAGAUUGUCUGCUCGAGAAUGAUUGAGGAAGACCGCAAAUCCCAAUUUUGGUUUACCUUCUUGUUUUUCUUUUUGUGAUACCGAUUUGUUUUCAUUUUACUUCCUUAGCGCUUCUUCAUCGUCGGCCUACUCGUUCAAUAACCGAGUUCGAAAUUUUGAU